AUGCCUGAAAGGACAAGCUCGCCUAGCCAUGGUUCACGUACAAUGACGAUUGACCCGGCACAAGAGGACUAUGCAGAUGAGAACACUGACAGUGGUGAAGACGACGUGGGGAUACUACGACUUCGAGGUGAUAUGUCAGCAAGACGACCACGAGCUAUCCAAUGGGAUGAAAGUGUCGUUGAUAAUGAGCACAUGAAUAAAAAAAAGUCGAAAAUUUGUUGUAUAUAUCAUCGACCGCGAGCUGUGGGGGAAUCCUCGGAUGAAGAAAGCAGUAGUGAUAGCAGCAGUAGUAGCAGUGACAGCAGUGACAGCGACAACGAUCAUAGCGACCAUUGUGAUCAUCAUCAUCAUCAUCAUCGUCAUCAAAGCAAGAAGAAAAAGAAGAAAAGAAAUCCAAGAGAAGCGAGUCCCAAUGCAUAUGAACGACAACCGGUUUAUAAAGAUCGACGUUGA